GCCGGUCACUGGCCCAGCGGGCGCGGAGGGGCGGCUCCUGCCCGAGCCGGCGCUCCCCGGGCGGCGAGUGGGGACCGCCUUCGCGUCCGGGCUGUGCCCCGCGGAAGCGGAGCGGGCUCGCGGUUUCUUCCGCAGAGCGCGACGUUGGCGUCGCUGCGUGCGGCGUCUGGUCGGCGCUGGGAGCGGCGGAGGGGAGAGUUCCGAGCCCCCAGCUGUUGCGCUGGGAAUCCCUUCCCCUGCGCCGGGAGGGUCGUCGCACCAGGGGCACGAACUUCAGCCCUGUUCGCGCUUAUGAGGUUGGGGAGUUGUCUUCAAUUACGGAUACUUCUUCCCCCCCGUCCCGCCCCCCUUCUCCGGUAUGGCUGAAUGUUGGCUUCCACUUUCUGAGACUGAAACAGCAUGCUAUUCUUUGCUGAUCUGAGCACACACAAGCUAAGAGCUUCAACUGGCUUGGACUUGUAUGUCAGCAGCAUGGUUUAUUAUGUUCCAUUAUUGGGGAUUCCUUGUUGCUGGUGAUGGGUGAGCCUGAAAAAACACAGCUUGACUUGCACAUCGCAGGCUCCUCUUUAGCCCACUGUCCUGAAGACAAGAGGUUCUGGUUGAUCAGGAGUUUCUGUUAGCAAUUCAAGUUGACUGGAGAAUGGAAGGUGUUGAGUUUAAGGAAGAAUGGCAAGAUGAAGAUUUUCCAAGGCCCCUGCCAGAGGAUGAUCCUGUUGCAUCAGAUAUAUUGACUGCAGCUGGAACAGACAGUGAAGCUGAGGUUAAUGGAACCAAAGUGAGGAAGAAACUAAUGGCUCCAGAUAUUAGCUUAACUUUGGAUUACAGUGAGGAAUCUGUUUUGUCUGAUGACUUGGAUGGGAGUGGAGAGAUUGAUUUGGACGAUUUAGAUACUCCUUCAGAAAAUAGCAAUGAGUUUGAAUGGGAAGAUGAUCUUCCAAAACCAAAAACUACUGAUGUAAUUAGGAAAGGAUCACUCACUGAAUACGCUGCAGCAGAGGAGAAAGAUGAUGGUCGACGCUGGCGAAUGUUUAGGAUUGGAGAACAGGACCAUAGAGUGGACAUGAAGGCAAUUGAGCCAUAUAAAAAAGUUAUCAGUCAUGGUGGUUAUUAUGGUGAUGGAUUAAAUGCCAUUGUUGUGUUUGCUGUUUGCUUUAUGCCUGAAAGCAGCCAGCCUAACUACAGAUACCUAAUGGACAAUCUAUUUAAGUAUGUAAUUGGCACUUUAGAGCUGUUAGUAGCAGAGAACUAUAUGAUAGUUUACCUGAAUGGUGCAACAACACGGAGAAAAAUGCCAAGUUUAGGCUGGCUUAGGAAAUGUUACCAGCAAAUUGAUAGAAGGUUAAGGAAAAAUCUGAAAUCAUUAAUCAUAGUUCAUCCUUCUUGGUUCAUCAGAACACUUCUGGCUAUCACAAAACCUUUUAUUAGCUCAAAAUUCAGCCAAAAAAUUAGGUAUGUCUUUACCCUGGCAGAACUAGCUGAGCUCAUCCCCAUGGAAUACGUUGGCAUCCCAGAAUGCAUAAAACAGUAUGAAGAAGAAAAGUUUAGAAAGAAACAGAAAAGAGUUGACCAAGAGCUGAAUGGAAAACAAGAGCAGAAAAGUGAACAGUAAGUUUGGAGUCCAAACAAGACUGAAGAAUAUGCAGAUGGAACGAUGCUAUUUUUUUGCUCCAUUUACAAUGCAUUCUCUGUGUGUGUGUAUAUAUAUAUUAUAUAACCUGUUGCAAAAGGUGCUUAAUUUCUUUGGACUAGCACACAGUGGACUGCUUACAACUGUAUUGGUUUAUCUUUAAUUCAAUAGCUAUGUUUAUGUAAUCCUUUUAUACUGCUAAAUGUCAAAGAACCCUGUGUUUUCAGAGGAUGUUCUUGCAAUUGUUUAUCUAAAUGAUGCAUGUUCUUCAGUAAAGUAUUUAUAUACCUAAAUGUUAAAGGAAAGAGAUAAUAUAUAUUUUUAUGACUGAGCAAUAUAUUGUGUAUACCUGCUGAAGGAAUUCAUUUGCAGGUAGACAAGGCCAUAAGUUACUUGUUGUUAUUGUAUAAAUCUGUUUUGCUGUAAAUGGUCAAGUGCAUUUCUUCAUUGUCACAGAAACCUUAAUUUGUUUGGCUAUUAACAAUCACAUAAUGUAGUCUUUCACAAGUGUGGAGAUCUGUAUUUUUGUUCACAGACGUAAUACAAGCAGUACUCAUUUACCU